CUGACCGCUCUGCGAAGCUCGGGGCGCCUGGAACGCGGAGGGCGCGGGGUCGGCGAGCGCCAGCGGCUACCCCUGCGACCCGGGGGGAGCCAUGAGGAAGGACGAGCGCGAGCGGGACGCGCCAGCCAUGAGGUCGCCGCCGCCGCCACCGGCCGCCUCGCCCCCCGAGAGCCUGCGCAACGGCUACGUGAAGAGCUGCGUGAGCCCGCUGCGCCAGGACCCUCCGCGCGGCUUCUUCUUCCACCUCUGCCGCUUCUGCAACGUGGAGCCGCCGGCGGCCUCGCUCGGCGCCGGGGCACGCCUCUCGCUCGGCGCCCUGGCCGCCUUUGUCCUGGCCGCGCUGCUGGGCGCGGGGCCCGAGCGCUGGGCGGCCGCGGCGAGCGGGCUGCGGACGCUGCUGAGCGCCUGCUCGCUCAGCCUCAGCCCGCUCUUCAGCAUCGCCUGUGCCUUCUUCUUCCUCACCUGCUUCCUGAGGCGCGCGCAGCGGGGCCCGGGCCGAGGCGCCGCCGCCGCCGGCUCCUGGUGGCUGCUGGCGCUGCCCGCCUGCUGCUACCUGGGCGACUUCGCGGCGUGGCAGGGGUGGUCGUGGCUGCGCGGGGAGCCGGCGGCGGCGGCGGCCGUGGCGGGCCGGCUGUGCCUGGUGCUGAGCUGCGUGGGGCUGCUGACGCUCGCACCCCGCGUGAGGCUGCGCCACGGCGUCCUGGUGCUGCUCUUCGCCGGCCUGGUGUGGUGGGUGUCGUUCUCCGGCCUCGGGGCGCUGCCGCCCGCGCUCAGGCCUCUGCUGUCGUGCCUGGUCGGGGGCGCCGGCUGCCUGCUGGCCCUGGGCUUGGACCACUUCUUUCACGUCCGGGGAGCCUCUCCUCCCCUGCGCUCGGCGACUGCCGCGGAAGAAAAAGUGCCUGUGAUCAGACCCCGGAGGAGGUCCAGCUGCGUGUCGCUGGGAGAAAGCGCCGCCGGUUACUAUGGCAGUGGCAAGAUGUUCAGGAGACCGUCGUUGCCUUGCAUUUCCCGAGAACAGAUGAUUCUCUGGGACUGGGACUUGAAGCAGUGGUGCAAACCUCAUUACCAGAAUUCUGGAAGUGGAAAUGGAAUUGAUCUUUCAGUGCUAAAUGAAGCUCGCAAUAUGGUGUCAGAUCUUCUGAUUGACCCAAGCCUUCCCCCACAAGUCAUUUCUUCUCUGCGGAGUAUCAGUAGCUUGAUGGGUGCUUUCUCAGGUUCCUGUAGGCCAAAGAUUAAUCCUCUCACACCAUUUCCUGGAUUUUAUCCCUGCUCUGAAGUAGAAGAUCCAGGAGAGAAAGGAGAUCGAAAACUUCACAAGGGACUGAGUAGUAGAACCAGUUUCUCAACUGCACAGCUGAGGAGGAGCUCAGGAGCAUCAGCAUUGCUGGCUAGUGAGCACUAUUCUAGGUGGGACCGCAGCAGUGGCAGAAGACCUCACCAAGAACUAGGUGUUCCAAGUCAUGGAAUGCCCCUAAAUGGGCCUUUCAGUUCGAAUCUCCUGACAGUUCCAAAGCAGAGAUCAUCAUCUGUGUCGCUGACUCACCAUGUAGGUCUGAGAAGAGCUGGUGCUUUGCCCAGCCUGAGUCUUGUGAAUUCCUCAAGCCAUGUACCAGUGUCUGCUGGCUCUUUAACUAAUCGUUCACCCAUAGAAUUUCCUGAUACUGCUGAUUUUCUUUCUAAGCCAAGUAUUAUUUUACAUAGAUCACUGAGCAGUGUACCCAAUGCAGCAGAUUUCUAUCAGUACCUGAGAAACCCUGAUAGCAAUCUGUGUAGCAGCUGUGGACAUCAGAUACUCAAAUAUGUUUCAACAUGUGAACCUGAAGUUACAGAUCACCACAGUGGAAAAUCAGGUGAAGAAGACAACAUUGUUUUCUCAAAAGAACCAUUGGACAUUGUGGAAACUCGGGAAGAAGAGACCGUGCAGAAAGACUGCAGGGAAUUGUCUUUGGAAGGUGAUAAUCACCUAGUGGAAGAGGCACAGCAACAAAAUAUUGACCAGGAAGUGUUCCUGAACCCGAUGUUAGUAGAAGACUAUGACUUGUUAAUAGAAAAGAUGAGCAACUGGAAUUUUCAGAUUUUUGAGCUUGUAGACAAGAUGGGAGAAAAAUCAGGAAGGAUUCUCAGUCAGGUUAUGUAUACUUUAUUUCAAGACACUGGUUUAUUGGAAACAUUUAAAAUUCCCACUCAAGAAUUUAUGAACUAUUUUCGUGCAUUAGAAAAUGGCUACCGAGAUAUUCCUUAUCACAACCGUAUACAUGCCACAGAUGUCUUACAUGCUGUUUGGUAUCUGACAACACGACCAAUUCCUGGCUUACAGCAGAGCCACGAUAAUCAUGAAGCAGAGACCGAAACAGAUUCAGAUGGUAGACUUGGUUCUGGACAGAUCGCUUACAUUUCUUCAAAGAGUUGCUGUAUUCCAGAUGACAGUUAUGGCUGCCUGUCUUCCAACAUUCCUGCUUUAGAAUUGAUGGCUUUGUAUGUGGCAGCUGCCAUGCACGAUUAUGAUCACCCAGGAAGAACAAACGCGUUUUUAGUGGCUACAAAUGCACCUCAGGCAGUUUUAUACAAUGACAGAUCUGUUCUAGAAAAUCAUCAUGCUGCAUCAGCUUGGAAUCUGUAUCUUUCUCGCCCAGAAUACAACUUCCUGCUUAACCUUGAUCAUGUGGAAUUCAAGCGCUUUCGAUUUUUAGUCAUAGAAGCAAUCCUUGCCACAGAUCUCAAAAAACAUUUUGAUUUCCUUGCUGAAUUCAAUGCCAAGGCCAACGAUGUAAAUAGUAAUGGUAUAGAGUGGACCAGUGAAAACGACCGUCUCUUAGUCUGCCAGGUGUGCAUCAAACUAGCUGAUAUAAAUGGACCAGCAAAAGCUCGGGAUCUACAUUUGAGAUGGACAGAAGGCAUUGUGAAUGAGUUUUAUGAGCAGGGAGAUGAAGAAGCAACCCUCGGUCUACCUAUUAGUCCCUUCAUGGAUCGUUCUUCUCCUCAACUAGCAAAACUCCAAGAAUCUUUUAUCACCCACAUUGUGGGCCCUCUGUGCAAUUCCUAUGAUGCUGCUGGCUUGCUGCCUGGUCAGUGGAUACAAGCAGAAGAGGAUGAUGAUACAGAAAGUGGUGGUGGUGAUGAUGAUGAUGAUGAUGAUGAUGGUGAAGAAUUAGAUUCAGAUGAUGAAGAAACAGAAGACAAUUUAAAUCCGAAACCACAAAGAAGGAAAGGCAGGCGGCGGAUAUUUUGUCAACUAAUGCACCACCUUACUGAAAACCACAAGAUAUGGAAGGAAAUCAUAGAAGAAGAAGAAAAAUGUAAAGCUGAGGGGAACAAGUUACAGGUGGAAAAUAACUCCUUACCUCAAGCAGAUGAGAUUCAGGUUAUUGAAGAAGCAGAUGAAGAGGAAGAGCAAAUGUUUGAAUAGAAGAAAACUCACGCUGAAGAAGCCUGGGGUUCUAUGCCCAGGGUCAGCAGUCAUUAUCUAAUGCUCACUGUGCUGAUUCUUAACUGACCAUUCCCAUGUGGACAGGCCUUAAUACUGUGAGAGAAUCCUUGCUACCCUGGCAGUUCUCACUCCUAAGCACUUUGAUCACAAACUAGAGAAUGAAUCUUAGAGUUGGCUGUAGUUGAUCCAUGUUGCAAAGCCCUUCCUCAAAGCCUUCACUGGUGUGUAAAUACUUUGUCAUAAUGCUGCUUUGCUGGGUAGUGAGCUCUUUAUUUUUCAUGGCGAGGGAGGGCUAAAGCUAAAAAUUCAAGAGACUUCAGCUUUUGAAGUGGCCAUAAUGCUUUUAUGAAAACAGGAUUCAUCUUGUAUUUCCAAAUAUAUCUUUUAGGUCUUUGGGGAAGAGUGGGAAAACAAACCUCUGCCUAAUCCAAAAAAGAAUUCAUUGUGGCCUUUCUGAGUGAUUUCUGCUCAUGGCAGUACACUGUUCAAUAUGGUUCUCCCAGCUUCAUCCAUGAAGGACCGAGGACCUUUGUUAUACUUAACAAAAUCCAGAUGCAUCAAUUUCUGAUGCUUUUUAUUGUUGUGUAUAAUCUACUUGUGUGUUUUAUUUCUGCCUAAAGUAUUCAGGUUUGCUGUGGACAUCAGAAGUCUGAAUUCUAGUCAUACUGAUUUUGUUCCAUGGUUGAAUUUUAAAGGUGUUUAACAAUGAAGGAAUUUUAUUCUGUAGUCAAAACUGUUAUUAUUUUAUUUUUGCUCAGGAUAAAUAAUUUUAAAUAUUUAGUUAUUAUAAACAUGACAUAGAUUUGCUAGAAAAAAAAAACAUUGUUCUAAUGUUGAUUUUACCUUUUAUAAAAUGAGUACCAUUUUAAUUAAAGCCAAGAAAAAGGAGAUAGCUGUCUUUGGUCUUAGUGCAAAAUCACGUGAAACCAAUCCCAUCAAAGAUACUGCCUAAAUAGUUGGUUAUCUAAGCCGGGCAGUGGUGGUGCUUGCCUUUAAUCCCAGCACUUGGGAGGCAGAGGCAGGCAGAUCUCUGUGUGCUCCUCGGCUACAGAGUGAGUUCCAGGAAAGGCGCAAAGCUACACAGAGAAACCCUGUCUUGGGGAGGGGUUUGGUUAUCUUUAGAUAUGUGUCUUAGUUGUCUUGUAUCCUUGUGUCUGGUUAUAGUAAAACUGACUUUUUUUUUUUUUAUUUCUUUCUGCUCCAAGGAUACAUGACAGAGAUGACUCAUCACUAUGUAAUAAUACUAGAGCCCCACAGAAAGACUAAAUUCUUAGGUAAAGUACAUGAUGGGAAAACAUACUUAAUUUUUACAUAAAGCUCUAUAAAUAGUUCAAUAAAUAAUUCCAUACAAAUGCAUAUAAAUAAAUAAACAGACCACAUUUAUAAUGUUUACAUAACCUUAUUAGAGUCUGGCUUGUGUGCCCUUAUUUUGAAAAUUAUUGAAGUUAUAGAAAGCAACCAAAUUAGACCAAGAUGGUAAAUUGAUUUCUCAUUAUCCUUGAAGACUGUACAAUAAAUAUUUUGGAGCCAUUCAACUUUAUGCACAGUUAACUGUCCAUUUCCAUAGUAGUUCCUAUAGAGUGUGAUGCUUGAGUUUUUUACCUACCUAAGAUAGUUGGGUUGUUCACAAGGCUGCAGUUAAAGUUCUAUUGAAGUACUGGAGUUUUUGAUCCUGCAAGUAUCAUUUAAUGAAUCACUACACUUUAUUUAUUAAACAUGUUGAGUGCUGAGUUCCUUCUUGCCACUUUUGCUGCCACAACCACAUCAUUUGUAAACUGGUCCCACUAUAUAUUACUGAGUAAUAAAACUAACUGAUAAUAUAUUGAAUUUGCAUUUAUAUACAUCUUGUGUGUAUUUCUCUAAAAUGUGUUUUCCAUCCUAUGUAAAUGUAUUUAUCCUGUUGAUUCCUUUCCUACAGACAAUAGUAUACGUGUGUGUAUAAGUUUGUAUGUGUACAGGCAUGUGUUAUGAGAAACGAAUCUCUAAACUAUUGUGUUCCUUAAAUUUUGUAUUGGAGUAAUUUAGUUUUAAAUUACUGUCUUGAAAGAAGCACAUUUUUCUUCUACUAAAAAUGUUACUAGAAACUCAUUUGAAAAUAAUUCUUAAAUUAUUUAACCCUUGCUUAGUAAACAUAAAUGAAAACAUCCCAAAGAAAUCAAAAUUAUUGAAAUUAUCCAUGGCAAAAUUUUAAAUGAUUGACAGUCAUUAAUGUGAGAAUAUAUUAAAAAUAGACAUGCCACUGUUCGAUGGAGUCCUACUUGAGGAAUUGUCAUAAGCCUGAUAAAUCUUUCUGUGGGGGUGUGUUGAUGAUUGAACCCAGGCCACUAGCCUGCUGUGUGAGCACUCUACUAUUACACAAUACCUCCAGCUCAUAGUUCUUAUUUUGCUUGCUAUAGGAUCAGAUUAAUUUUUACUAGGAUUUUAUCACAAAUCUGCUAUUGUAACUCAUUGGUAUUAUAAAUAUAUAACUGAAAUAUC